UAGGAAAGCUCAAGGGACAUGUCCACACCAGAAGUCAUGUGGAAGGAUCAAUUGCAGAGGGCUAUUUGUUUGAUGAGAGCUUGACAUUUUGCUCACACUAUUUGGAUGAUGAGAGUCGGUUGAAUCGAGCUAGGAAUGAUGGAGGUUUGGAUAUGGAAGUUGAUGAUACAACUCCUUUCUUCCACAACAUUGGUCGAGGGCUGGCUGGCAAGUGCAUGGUGAUGUUAGAUAACAAAACUUGGCUGCAAGCCCACAGAUACGUCUUGUUCAAUUAUGACAACAUAGAACCAUACCUAGACAAACAUAUGGGUUACCUUUCUUCUAUUGGUGUUCGAAGUCAUCGAGAAGUCAAGCGUGUGCAUUACGAGACCUUUCAUGAGUGGUUUAAAUUGCACGUGGCAGAAAUGGGCGAUGAAGCACCUCAUGAGAUAAAAAUAUUAGCUAAAGAGCCAAACUUGGUUGAUAUGAAGUAUAGUAGCUACACUAUAAAUGGGACAGACUUUCAUACACAAUCAUAUGAUGAGGGCCGGUCAUUCCAGAGUAGUGGAGUAGCUCUUGUUGCACAAACCACAUCCUUUGCAAAAGGAAAAGGUGACAAUAUUAGUGUAAGAAACAAGACCUAUUAUGGCAUUAUAAAGGAAAUUCUUGAGUUGAAUUAUCAACAUGAAGGGAAAGUAGUGUUGUUCAAAUGUGACUGGGUUGAUAAUCGUGUAGAAGAUGAAUGGGUGCAAACUGAUCAGUUUGGAAUCACUUCUGUGAAUUUUAAGCAUUUGUUCAAUACUGGUGAGAAAAUAUCAGACGAGCCCUUCAUAUUAGCCACACAAGCAACUCAAGUUUACUAUGUUGAAGAUCCCAUUGAUGCUGAGUGGUCUACUGUUGUUGUUCCAUCAUUAUAUGACAUAGAAGAAUCUAAAGAUGACAAUGGUAAUGUUUUACGUGUGACGUUGCCUGAUCCAUGUACUGCUAUAUGUGUGAGUGUUGCGGAUGGAUGCAUUGGUUCUGCUAGGACACAUAUAGAUGGACUAGUUCUUAAAACAAGUGAUAUUGAAAAAAAGUAA